GCAGCUCACUGUACCUGUAGUGUGGCUCGAAAAUAGGACAGUUGGAUAGCUAACACACUGAAAGAAAGCUAAAAACACAAGACUUUAUAUUUGUUAGGUUGCUCAGUUUCCUGACCUGAACAUCACAAGGGUAACCAGCUCGUACCACGGUCGCAAACUUUACCAUGGUCGGUGUUAAAGUGAUCGGGAGCGACCCGGACUUCCAGCCGGAGCUAGCGGCCGCCGGCUCCAGGCUCGCCGUGGUAAAGUUCACAAUGGCUGUGUGUCGGUCCUGUGUCAGAAUAGCUCCAGCUUUCAACAUGUUGAGUAACAAGUACCCACAGGUCGUCUUCCUUGAAGUAGAUGUUCACGUCUGUCAGGCGACAGCGGCAGCCAACAACAUCUCAGCCACACCAACUUUCUUGUUCUUCAGGAACCGGGUUCGGGUGGAUCAGUAUCAGGGGGCGGACGCUGCAGGUCUGGAGGAGAAGAUCAAACAGCAUAUAGAGAACGACCCAGGGAACAGUGAGGACUCCGACAUUCCAAAGGGAUACAUGGACCUCAUGCCAUUUGUCAACAAAGCCGGAUGCGAGUGCCUCAAUGAGAGUGACGACUGUGGCUUCGAUAGCUGCUUAAUCAAAGACGACUCCUACCUGGAGUCUGACUGUGAUGAACAGUUGCUGAUAACUAUCGCCUUCAACCAGCCUGUGAAGCUCUUCUCUAUGAAGAUACUGUCCUCAGACUUCACCCAUGCCCCUAAGGUGGUGAAGUUGUUCAUCAAUCUGCCUUGGUCGAUGGGUUUUGACGACGCCGAGCGGAGCGAAGCCACUCAGGCUCUGGAUUUGUCAGAGGAAGACUACAAAGAUGAAGGUUUGAUUCCUCUGCGCUACGUCAAGUUUCAGAACGUACAGAGUGUUACGAUGUUUGUCAAGUCAAACCAAGGAGAUGAGGAGACAACAAAAAUCAACUACCUGACAUUCAUAGGCACUCCAGUACAGGCGACCAACAUGAACGACUUCAAAAGAGUUGUGGGAAAGAAAGGAGAGAGUCACUGAGCAGGAGAACCAAGGCGAGAAUGAGAAGAAGAGGAAGACGAGGCUGCAGAUACAUCCAGGACUUUCCCUCUGCCAAAGCUGCCACAUAGCUCUGUUGUCACAGACACACACUCACACAAACACACAUACACAUGCACACAGCCUCCAGCUGACCUCCUCAAUCUCUGAAUGAAUUCUCCAUCUGUGGAGAGUUGGUCUAUAACUCAUUUGUAUUGUAAUUCUGAAGAAAAUCACUGUAAAUAAAACACAAUCCUUUUUCAAAGGGAUGUGCGUCAUGAC